UUACGUCUAUAUGAAAAAAUGUCAUCAGACAGUUGGACAGCUUUCAAAUGUAAUUUGAUUUUGAACAAAUUUUGUUUGCAAAACGCGGUAAAUUUACACUAAACAAAUAUUCUAUUGAUCCCAAAACAUUUGUAAGUCUAAGCUAGUUAUGGGCACUUUUUGUUGAUUAUUUAGAUUUAAAAACUAACAAGUGUGAACCAUAUUUGUAGUAAUAAAAUAAUUAUGGAUUCCCUAAAAGCUCUAGAAGAGUAUCUUAAGUCUAAAGACAAUGCCGAAAAUUUCCUUAGUUCUUCAGAAAUUCCUUCUAUUUGCAAAACUGAAGCUUGCAUGCUUGGUGUAGAUGAAGCAGGCCGUGGUCCAGUAUUGGGACCAAUGGUCUAUGGUGUGGCCUAUUGCCCUUUAAGCCAAAAGAAAAUACUUGAAUCUUUAGGAUGUGCAGACUCUAAAGCUUUAACAGAAGACAAACGAGAUGAAAUCUUUACAAAAAUGUUGACUGAACAAGAAUCAAUAGACAAUGUUGGCUGGAAAGCUGAAGUUAUCUCACCUAAAUAUAUUUCAAACUCUAUGUAUAGAAGAGCUAAACAUUCCUUGAAUGAGGUGUCAAUGAAUUCUGCAAUUAGUUUAAUACAGAUGGUGCUGGAUGGUGGGGUAAAUUUAGUAGAAAUUUAUGUUGACACUGUUGGUCCUCCUGAAAAAUAUCAAGCAAAACUAUCAGAAAUAUUUCCUAAUAUUAAAAUUACUGUAGCUAAAAAAGCCGACUCCAUAUAUCCUAUAGUGUCAGCGGCCAGUAUAGUUGCGAAAGUGACGAGAGACCACGCACUCAAGGUUUGGAACUUCAAGGAGGGUCUGGACAUGGAUCAUAGUCAAUUCGGUAGUGGAUAUCCUGGAGAUCCAUUAACAAAAAAAUUUAUUCGUGAGCAAAUAGAUCAUGUCUUUGGGUAUCCAUUGUUAGUUAGAUUUAGCUGGUCGACGUCAGAGCUCAUGCUUCAAGAGAAAGCAGCAAUAUGCACAUUUGAAGAUAUAGAAGAAAGUCCAAAUAAAAAAGCUGCCGGUACGAAAUCCAUUAGCACUUUCUUUUCACCAAAAGACGACAAAACAUCGAGGAAAAGACACAAAUUCUUUCAAGAAAGAUGUCUGAAAAUUACAAAUGCCUUCGAAUAAACUAAUAUUAAAUAGACUUGUGCUUUUAUAAGCAUGUAUAAAUAAUCAUGUUUUUUUUAAAGAUUUUAGAAUAAA